GUUUUUGCGUCCACCGCCCGUAGCCAUCGCUGGUUGAUUGUUUGCGGGUGCUAUCGGCAUCUCGGACGUCGCUCAUAACUUGCGCAAGCCGCGGCGAUCGCUGCUUGACCGGCGCGUUACACUAGGCGUAGGUCCCCACUGAGUGGCCCUCACCACUGGCUGAAUAAGCGCGAGGACACGCGGCGGGGAAAGAUGAGCCUCUCGAACCGCAACAACAACACCAAGACGGACUACGCGUCCAUCGAGGGUGGAUAUGAUGGGAGCCCGCGGCCGCCGCGGCGCACCGACAGCGUCAUGGACAAGCUCCACCAAUUGCCGCAGCGCUACUUCAGCCCGGCGGCGUCGCGCCAGCAGGUCUGCGCCUAUAUACUGUCCGCUUGCUUAUUUCUCUCGACAACAUGCAUCGUGCUCUUCGAGCCGUGGCUGCGGCCGGCCUGCGACGAGGCCUUGGUGGAUGCGAUCUUCCCGAAGCACGACGCGCCCUUCGUCAAUCCCCACUACGACCCGGGCUGCCGGAACGUGCGCUACAUCCAACUUUUGAAUUUGACGCAGCGCGAGUGCGACCUCGGGCGACGCAUCUUAUUCUCGAUCCUGUGCGGCGGCGCCGUCGGUUACGAGAGGAGGAGGGGAGAUAGACCAGCGGGCAUUCGGACCAUGGCGCUGGUGGCGCUCGGCGCCUGCAUCUUCACGAUCACGUCCCUCCUCGCCUUCGAGGACGGCCCGAUGGCCUGGGACUCGUCGCGCGUCGCGGCGGCCAUCCCGUCGGGCGUCGGUUUUCUGGGCGCGGGCCUCAUCUGGAAGGCCUCGACCAAGACGGGCCGCGGCACGGAGCAGCAGCACGUCCACGGCAUCACGACGGCAGCCUCCACCUGGGUCUCCGCGGCGAUCGGCGUCGCGGCCGGUGGGGCCAUGUACUUCGUCGCUUUUUUUUCGGUCCUCACUUUGCUGUUUGUGUUGCGGUUUGGGCCGCGCGCCAGGGACAUCCAGGGCUCGGAGCCCGAGGCGUCGGGGUCGGAGAAUGAUCUGGUGGAGCUCGAACGGCGGCGCGAGGGCGGGGGCUGCUUUGCCGUGCCGCCGCCGCGGACGACGUACCACGCUUGAAUUCAUUGACAUAAAAAUGUUUGAAGAUUA